AUGACCCAAUCACCCGCUCAAUUUGCAAGCCUACUCCCUAAGCUGACGCUUGAGGAAAAGGUAGGGCUACUCUCGGGCCGCGAUUUUUCCACUGCGGCUGGUGCAGCACGUCUCGGCAUACCUCCCCUUCGUGUUGCUGAUUCAGUAUGCGGCAUCAGACCAAGCGGACUGGAUGCCAACAUUACAACAGCUUCGUUCCCUAACACAGCCUGCUAUGGUUCCACUUGGGACAGUGAAUUACUGGGCCGGCUGGGCGAAGAGCUGGCACGUCAAGCGAGAUUGAAAAGCGCACAAAUAGUGUUGGGCCCGACGAUUAACAUCCAUCGCGAUCCGCGUGCAGGCAGAAAUUUUGAGUGCUUCUCCGAAGAUCCGUUGAUCUCGGGUGUAUUGGCGAGCGCCAUUGUCAAUGGCAUACAGCGUGGUGGUGUGGGUGCUUGCCCAAAGCAUUUUGUGGCAAAUGAUGCAGAGACUCUAAGACAUUUCUACAACGUGAAAGAGAAGGUGAAUGGGAGGCCAUUACGAGAAAUUUACCUGGCGGCGUGGCAGCACCUGUUGCGAAAUUCUGAUCCAGAGGGCGUUAUGACAGCUUACAAUAAAGUCGACGGCACCUUCUGCAGCGAGCAUGCCGAGCUAUACCAGGAAGUCCUGCGCGGUGAGUGGGGUUACAAGGGCAUUACCAUGUCGGAUUGGUUUGCGGUUCACGAUACUGUUGCGCCGAUCAAAGCCGGUCUUGAUCUCGAAAUGCCUUUUCCAGUAUUCCGCGGUGGACGGCUGGUCGCCAAAGUGAAAGCAGGUGCGGUCUCCGAGGCUGAAAUAGACGCGCGCGCCCUCAAAAUGCUCGAAUUGCGAGACCGUACCAGAGCUUGCCAUAGCGAAGAGCCAGAGCGUUCCGUAAUUAGGAAGGAGACGGGAGAUCUAGCUCGCGAGAUUGCACGUAGCGGUAUGGUUUUGUUGAAGAACGAAGGCAGUACGCUACCAAUUGCGAAUAGCGCUACAGUGGCGCUCAUCGGCGAGUUUGCGAAAGACCCUGUUUGCACUGGUGGGGGCAGUGCGUCUUGCAUCCCACAGUACAGACACUCGCCUCUCGAGGUCUUACGCAAAGAAUUCAAGAGUGUCGAAUAUGCGCAGGGCGUGCGGACGCGACGCAUCAUUCCCACUGUGCGCAAGGACAUUAUUCGGGCAGAGAAUGGUUCGCCUGGCGUUGACAUCGCAUUCUACAACAACGAUGACCUUGACGAAGUUGUUUUCUCGGAAAGCAAUGAAGAAGGCCGGGUUUGGAUGUUGGGCGAAUUUAAACCUGGCCUCAAAAUUCCCGGCUCUCACGUUCGAAUCUCAACUACUCUUACACCGUCGACGACAGGAUCUCACACCUUAGCGGUGCGCUGCACUGGAUCUUUCACUUUGACGAUCGACGGAACAGAGGUAUCUUCGGGUCCUGCUAUCCCCAUAUCGACGGAGCAAUUUAUAUUCAACCACAUCCUCCUUGAGGUCCGCACAGUGGUCCAGAUGCAGGCGCAAACCGAGUAUAAGGUCCAACUCAUUAUGCAAGGGCCUGAUAAACUCAGCGUCGGUGAACCAACGCCCUAUGCCGCCGCCCUCUGCUUUGAAGAAGCCUACUCUGAGGGUGACGCUAUCGAAGAGGGCGUCUCGAUCGCGCGCAACAGCGAUGUGAGCAUCGUUUACGCAGGCCGCAACGAGGAGUACGAAUCUGAGGGGUUCGAUCUUCAAUCUAUCGAGCUCCCAGCGAAUCAAACACAACUGAUACGAGCCGUAGCUGCCGCCUCUCGCAAGACCGUCUUAGUCCUCCAUGCUGGUAACCCGAUCGAUGUCAGUGAAGUAAUUAACGAUGUCGACGCAGUCCUUCUAGCACAUUUUCCUGGUCAAGAAGGUGCACGCGCAACAGCAGACCUAUUGACGGGACGUGUGAGCCCGAGUGGCAAGCUCGCAACGACAUGGUUCAAGACGUUAGCGGAUGCACCCAGUGCAGCGCAUUUUCCGCCCAAGAGACAAGAGGAUGGAAGCGUGACUGUUGAAUACGCAGAAGGCGUUGGGGUCGGGUAUCGGGCGGCUGGACUAAAGGAUGAAGUAAGGUGGCCGUUCGGAUACGGGUUGACUUACACAUCUUUUGUGUACCGAGGACUUGAAGUUUCCAUCGAUGGCCUGGCGCUGGAUUCCAAGAUCACAUGCUCUGUGUCGGUGAGGAAUGAUGGAAACGUGGAAGCGAGGGACGUCGUGCAAAUAUAUAUAACGCCCACUUCAAGUACGGAUGUGUGGCGGCCGGCGAGGGAGCUCAAGGGCUUUACCAAGACAAAACCAUUGGCACCAGGAGAAGAAGUGACCGUCACUGUCGAGAUCCAAUUAGACAUGGCUUGUAGUUACUGGAACGAGGUAGGAGGAGCGUGGAAGAUCGAGCCAGGGUCUUAUGGUGUUAUUGUAGGGGAUCAGAGAACCACUUUCGAAGUUGCAGAAGAGAAAGUAUGGAAUCACUUAUAA